UGAUUUCUCCAUGAUGUUUAGUGACGAAGUGUCCAAGAAGUUCCUGGCAAAGUGGUCAACAUUCUUCAAGCCAAAAAUCAUUGCAGACUGCAAGACUCUUAAGAAUAUGGGCGAGCUGCUGUCAGGAACUGAACCUGAACCUGAGGACUAAAAUGGAUGGGACAGCGACAUGUCCUCAAUCCUUUUGCAGCUGCAUCUGCUCCCUCCAACCUCAAGAGGCCAGAAAAAAAAUAUCCAAGAUCAGUUCAGCUCAAGCAACCAGCCAUCUUGUGAGCUAUCUUAAGGAAGGAGCCAGUGUGAAUACCUUCAUUGAGAGUGCUGACACAAGACAACCAUUUCUCCUCUGCAUCGGUGAACAAAAGAAGGACAUCAGAAGUUCUACAUUAUCAACCAAAAGGCGAUCCCAUAAUACCGCUGCUGGGAAAUUGCCGUUCCCAAGGUUGGACACACGAGGGCAGUCAAGCUCCAUCCAGCACAACACACAACGCCACCUGAAGCAGAAGGUAGGUUUGGGCUAUUUUACAGACACAGGUGAAGGGCCUAGUAUGAGUGGUGGUAAAAAGAAAGCAAAGACGGUGAGCUCGAGGCAAUACAGCGAAAGUUAUCUUUCAUUAGGAUUUACUUUCACCAGCGAUGAGAGGACCCCGACUCCAUUAUGCUUGGUGUGUGGCGAGAAGCAGUCCAAUAGUGCCAUGGUGCCAAGCAAGCUUAAACGCUAUCUCCAAGCGAAACACCCGUCGCUUCAAAACAAGCCGAUGGACUAUCUUGUUUGUCUGCGUGAAAACACCGAAACAGGCAACAUUAAUGAGAAAAACCACAAAGGUAAAUGAGAAAGCCCUCAAAGCUAGUUGC